AUGGACAAAUUUAGCAGAAGAACUGCACUUCUCCUCUUCUGGUUCAUCAUCGUCUCACUACAGAUUCCGAAAACAAUUGGAGAAGAAGGACAACAGAAUGAGGAGCAGCAAACCUAUUAUACAAAGACACUGUCUGUGCUGCAAGACACAGUCUCUAUGCUGCAAAAGUCUCAUCAAUCUGCCUGGGAUAAGAUGAAAACCGUCAUAUCAGAUAUGCAGAUGCAGUUUAUGCCUCCAUCUUUAGAGGGGCAGGAUAAAAAGGACGAAACUGAGGGUGAAGGCAUGGGAGAUAAGAUGAAGGACGCAGCUCAGAAGAGCUUCGAAACAAGCAAACAUACAGUAGAGGAAUCAGCUAAAUCAGCUGCUGAUGCUGUGCACAAGACAGCAGAGAAGGUAAAGGAAGCUGUUACCAGUGAUGAGUCUGCUGCAGAGCUUUAAUUAUUUUAGUGCUGAAUUAGUUAAGGGUAAGGCUUCGGCUUUAAGAGCUUUUUCAUUGUAACAUCAUAACUUCUCUUAGAAAUGGAUGGAUUCGCUACUUAAUCAAUAAGCAAUCAAUGAUAACUGAUGGGAAGCUAUUGAUGGAUGAAUAAUAAGCAGAAAAGGGCUGUUCUUUUU